AUGCAUAAAUCAACUGAAAGAGGGGCUCAGGGCCCUCAGUCCCAAUUCGAGCCUGGUCACGAGGUCCCCGUUCAACAUCUUGAGAAGCCUGGCUUGCAGAGCGAACUAGGAGAUCCAAAGCCUACAUCAACGCAGCUCCCAACCGAGGACAAUGGAUAUCAAACUUACAAGGCGGCAGGCAAGCUCAUAGACAAGAGGGCCAUCAUCACGGGCGGAGACUCUGGCAUCGGGCGAGCCAUUGCUAUACUGUUCGCAAUGGAAGGCGCCACCAGUUUAAUUACAUAUCUACCCGAGGAAGAAACAGAUGCGCAGGAAACAAAGCGACGCGUGGAGGAACUGGGACAGAAAAUCCACCUCCUCGCCGUCGAUCUGCGGGAUAAGAAGAACUGCCAGAAGGUGGUCGAUACGGCUCUUCAAACCAUGGGUGGCAUUGAUACAUUGGUGAACAACCAUGGUUAUCAAAAUAUGGUCGAGAAUAUCCAAGAUCUGGAUGACGAUCAAUGGGAGCGUACAUUCGACACCAACAUCCACCCAUUCUUCUAUCUGUCGAAAUACGCGCUUCCUCAUAUGAAGAAAGGCUCAACUAUUAUCAAUUGCGCCUCGGUCAAUGCGUACAUUGGUCGACCGGAUCUUCUCGACUAUACAUCCACCAAAGGAGCGAUCGUGGCCUUUACAAGAGGUCUCUCCAACCAGCAGGUCAAAAACGGCAUUCGAGUGAACUGCGUCUGCCCUGGACCAAUUUGGACCCCUCUGAUUCCUGCUACUAUGAAUACUUCUGCGCAGGAGCAGUUUAGUGGGUCCCCUAUGGGUCGUCCGGGCCAGCCUAGUGAGGUUGCGACAUGUUUCGUAUUCCUUGCCAGCCAGGAUAGUAGCUUUAUCUCUGGCCAGUCUUUGCACCCUAAUGGUGGGGUUGUUGUGAACGGCUGA